AAACAGCUACAUUGAUAAGAGCGUCAGAGAAGACAGAAAAGAGCUGAAAUGUGCUGAUGGGAAGAAGAAGAAGUAGAGGAGCAUUUACAAGUCAGCGCCAAUAAGUCAGUGAAAUGAGUUCUUCAGAAGAGUUAAACCAAAUGGACUCAGACAGAACCCCCCUUGAAGAGGACUCGUACCAUUGUGACCAAUGUGGGAAAACAUUCUCUCUCAAAUCUAGUUACAAACAACACGUGCGCAGCCACACCGGUGAAAAGCCAUAUCGCUGUGACCUGUGUGGGAACAGAUUCCCUUAUUUAAGCAGUUACAACAGACACCUCCGCAUCCACACCGGAGAGAAGCCGUACCAGUGCGAACAAUGCGGGAAGAGGUUCCGCUGCUCUGAUGAAAUGAAGCUGCACCAGCGGGUCCACACCGGAGAGAAACCAUACUGCUGCGACCAAUGCGGGAAGAGUUUCAGUCGGCGUAGCUACUACAUCGACCACCUCCGAGUCCACACUGGAGAGAAACCACACCGUUGUGAGCAGUGCGGGAAAAGCUUCAGUCGCUCGUAUACUUACAGACAACACAUGCGCAUCCACACUGGAGAGAAACCGUACUGGUGUGACCAAUGCGGUAAGACCUUCCGAAGUUCCAGCAAUUACGCCCAACACGUGCUCGUUCACUCUGGAGGGAAACUGUACAGCUGUGAGGAAUGUGGGAAAAGUUUCUAUUACUCAAGUAGUUACAAGCAACACUUACAGGUUCACUCCGGAGAGCUUCCAUACUGCUGUGAGCAAUGUGGGAAAAGUUUCAGUCAGUUGAAGAGUUACAACCAACAUCUACGGACUCACUCCGGACAGACGCGAUACUGCUGCGAGCAAUGCGGGAAAAGCUUUUAUUACUCGAGUAGCUACAACCAACACCUGCUCGUUCACUCUGAAGAGAGGGCGCACCGCUGCGAGCAAUGCGGGAAGACUUUCUAUCAUUUAGGGACGUUCAAGAGACACCUGCGAGUCCACACCGGAGAGAAACUGUAUAGCUGCUCACUGUGUAAGAAGUCGUAUGCCUGGUUGAAGUCCUUGAAGAAUCACAGAUGCAGCAAACUAAAUGAAGAGAGUGCUGACUGUGUAAGAAGUAAUGAAAUGGGUUUCAAUAUUUAACGUUACUUAUUAGGAUUUCAUUCCAUACGUGGUCACCAGUAGCUAUUCAGUGUAUGUGCAUUCCCUAAGCCGGGCAAAACAUGAAAGGUUACAGGUUUUUGUUCCAGCCAAUCAAAUUUUGACACACACAUGAUUCGGCCAAUCAGAUAUCUGAUGAUUGAGAUCAGUUGAUUAAAUGAAUCAAGCCUGGGUUGGAAUGAAAACCUGCAGCCACACAACCUUUAUGGAAUAGUUUGGGCAUUCCUGCCUGUCUACCAUUAAAAACCGGUGUAUAAGAUGCAGUGUAUUUUGGGGGGUGUCAAGCAGGGAAAAAGGCUUUUCUAAUACAAAUCAACUUAUAGACACUUACAGAGUUUGUCAAUCCAUGCCUACUCUUAUAGAUCUGUCACGAUAGCUACUUUUGUUGGGUUAGGGUUAUGUAGUCAUUUAUCAAUCAAUCAAUCAAUCUUUAUAUAGCGCCUUAUCACAACAAAAGUCAUAGAAUAUAGAAUAGAAAGUCUUUAUUGUCAUUGUACAAAGCACAACGAAAUUGAGAUGCCGUCUUUAAAGUGCAGAAACAAAAAUAAAUAAAUAAUUGCCAUUAUUUAAUGCAGUUUAGUGCAUUUAUGGCUUUAGCGUAAAAGCUGUUGUGUAAUCUAUUUGUGCGUACUCUCAAUGGCACUUUACAUAUAUGGCAGGUCUAAACUGUACUCUUUAAAUUUGAAUCAAAGGGACAGAACAUUACCAAAUGAGCAAGCACUUGGUGACAGUGGCAAUGAAAAACUCCCUUUAUAAACACAUAUGUUUAUACUCUUAUGUUUAUACUUAAUGGUCCUUGACUGAACCGGACCGGUAUAUUAACUCUGACCGGUUUUGGGAUAGACUAUGAGUUUAAACCUUUUAAAAGAACACAGUAACUUUACAUAUCUAAUACAGUGUGUAGUUGUAUGCACAUUCCAGUCCCAAAAACUCUUCAUCAGAGCUGUUGCUGUGUUUCACUGUAAGGUUCACCAAGCUCACUGUCCUCAGACUCUAUCUCAGUCCCAGAGUCAAACCAAGCAUCAUCCUCUGUUCCAUCCAGUGGAAAAAAAACAAAGUUAUUGAAUCUUUUAUUCUUCAGCUCUGUGCUCAUACUGCCAGUGUGCAAUAAAUGCUGCUCAUCUGUGCACUUCAACAUCAAGUUGGUGUGUAAAUUCUGAAACAUCACAGCAACUAGUGUCUGAAAUACUUGUGAUCAACAUACAGCAGUAACAGGUCAUCAAUAUCCAUUUUCAUUAGCUGCUGACACUGCUGUUUAUAGGACGUUAUAGUUCAUAAGUGUGGAUGCUCACAUUGUCAUCUGUAUAGCUAUAGUUAUCAUUCUUAGUAUGGACAGCCCUUUACAUACCUACAUCUAAAUCCGGAUCCAACCUCUGUAUUUUACCAGUGUAUAGGACACACCGCCGGUGUAUAAGACGAUGAAUAAAAUCAUAUCAAAAGUAAAUCUUCUACACCAGUUUUUACUGUACUUCCAGUUUUUGUUGGUGAGGUUUGUUAGACCACUUAUUCCUGAUGGAUCCAGGUGUGUAAUCCAUUUUGUUUUGGAUGUAUUUUAUU